AUGACUGUAGGCGCCUUUGAUGUCCUCACUGCACCACCUGCUACUCCUGGCGUCACUGUAAGUGACUCCGCUGCUGCCCCUGCCACUUUCGCCGCUGUGACUGUAGCCGCCUUCGACGUCGUCACUGCAUCAGCUGCUACCCCCGACGUGACUGCGACUGACUCCGCUCCUGCCUCUGCCCCUUUCGCUGGUAUGACUGUAGGCGCCUUUGAUGUCCUCACUGCACCACCUGCUACUCCUGGCGUCACUGUAAGUGACUCCGCUGCUGCCCCUGCCCCUUUCGCCGCUGUGACUGUAGGCGCCUUCGAUGUCGGCACUGCACCAACUGCUACCCCCGACGUGACUGCAACUGACUCCGCUCCUGCCCCUGCCCCUUUCGCCACUGUGACUAUAGCCGCCUUCGAUGUUGUCACUGCACCAGAUGCUACCCCUGGUGUCACUGCAACUGACUCUGCUGCUGCCCCUGCCACUUUCGCCGCUGUGACUGUAGGCGCCUUCGAUGUCGGCACUGCACUAGCUGCUACCCCUGACUCCGCUGCUGCCAAUGCCACUUUCGCCGCUCUGCCUGUAACCACUUUCGCCUCCGACUUUGUCGCUGCACCUGCCACUUCCCCUGACGUCACUGAAACUUUCUCCCCCGCUGGUCCUAUCACUUUUGCCGUUGCCGCUCUAGCCGCCUCUACCUCUGCCGUAGUCGCUGCACAUGUCGCUGUUGCUGAAGGCUCUGAUGCCGCCUCUGCCGAGACGGGUGCCACUGCCCCUGCCACUAUCGUUGACGGCACUGCAACCGCCGGUGCAGACACUGUCACCGCCGCCGUCGCCGACGACAAGGCCCUAGCGCCGUUGACCACACGACCUUUCGUUGUGUCUCCCACAGGGGGAAGUUGUGCUUUGCCGUCGGUCACUACUGGCAGCCGCGAUCCUCUGCAGAUAGUGAUGGCUCCGCUGACGAAAAUUCAAGCCCAUACGUGUUCUCAAGCCGAGCUUACUAACCUUCUCAAUGAGAAACUUGAUUCACAACAAGCCAAGCAUGCUAGCUCGCUAAGUAAGGCCUUAGAAGGGAAGAAUCUUCCACUACGUAAGAAGAUAUACAAAAAAUUAGAAGUCCAAGGCCAGCUGUUGAACAGAAAGUCGCUGGAAAACGCCAAGACCAAAAGAAAUUUAAAAAGUAGGCUCGAUGGUUUUCAUGAGUAA